GAGAGCUGAUCACGGACGUCAGGAACAAAAGCUCCAGCGGAGCCUGGCGAAAGCACUAAGGGAGCAUGGGGUGUUUUGAAUAAUUAUUAAAAUUAGCAUGUGUCUGCGCCAUCCUGUGGGUGUGGCGCAGAGAGUGUAAACUCUAGCGGGGCUGGAGCAAACAUUGGAUUAGCGGCAGCAGCCUGCCAACCUGCCCGUGGAGUGCGGGGACCAGCGCGCUGCACGCCGACUAGCACGAUGGCCUCGUCUCAGGGGAAAAACGAGCUGAAAUUAGCCGACUGGAUGGCAACUCUGCCGGAGAGCAUCCACAGCAUCCCCCUCACCAAUUUAGCCAUUCCAGGGUCUCACGAUUCCUUCAGCUUCUACAUUGAUGAAGCCUCUCCAGUAGGUCCUGAACAGCCAGAAACUGUCCAGAAUUUUGUCUCUGUGUUUGGAACUGUGGCCAAAAAGCUCAUGCGGAAAUGGUUAGCCACUCAGACAAUGAAUUUUACUGGUCAGCUAGGAGCUGGGAUUCGCUAUUUUGAUCUUCGAAUUUCCACCAAGCCCAGAGACCCCGACAAUGAACUCUAUUUUGCUCAUGGUUUGUUCAGUGCCAAAGUCAAUGAAGGCCUUGAGGAGAUCAAUGCAUUCCUCACAGAUCACCAUAAGGAGGUAGUGUUCUUGGACUUCAACCACUUUUAUGGGAUGCAGAAAUAUCACCAUGAAAAACUAGUCCAAAUGCUGAAAGAUAUCUAUGGAAAUAAAAUGUGCCCAGCGAUUUUUGCCCAAGAAGUUAGUUUAAAGUACCUGUGGGAGAAGGACUAUCAAGUGCUGGUCUUCUACCAUAGUCCAGUGGCUCUGGAAGUGCCCUUUCUGUGGCCUGGGCAGAUGAUGCCAGCACCCUGGGCCAACACCACAGACCCCGAGAAACUGAUCCAGUUUCUUCAAGCAUCCAUCACUGAGAGAAGAAAGAAGGGCUCGUUUUUUAUAUCUCAGGUGGUGCUGACUCCCAAAGCUAGCACUGUGGUCAAAGGGGUGGCAAGUGGCCUCAGAGAAACAAUCACAGAAAGAGCUCUUCCUGCCAUGAUGCAGUGGGUCCGCAUGCAGAAGCCAGGAGAGAGUGGCAUCAAUAUUGUCACUGCCGAUUUUGUAGAACUUGGUGACUUUAUCAGCACUGUCAUAAAGCUCAACUAUGUCUUUGAUGAAGGAGAAGCCAACACUUGAUAGCACUACUUGGAAUUUCCAUGAAUAAGAUGGAGAAGGCUCAUUGUAUUAGGCAUUAUCUGUAAACACUCUGAUCUUCCUAUUCUACUAAGUCCCUGAAGGGAAUAGAGCUGGUAGUGGGUGGGAAAAGGGGAAAACUAUUUCUUCAUUGAUUACAAGCAUACUCUUCAUGACUAUAAAUAUUUCAUUUCCCAUUUGAUGAGUGAAAUCUACUUCUAGUGUUAGGGAUUAAAAAAAAAAACAGUAAAUUUGUUUUUCAAAAUUAGUCUUUGUAACGUAGAACUCAUGAGUGUUUACUUGAUUAGGUUCUCUACUUUCAGCCUAAGGCUCCUACACUGUCUAUACCCUGUAACCUUUCUGCUCCCUCUCUUGCUCGCUCUUUUUAAUCAGAUGCUCUAUGGAAAUCAAAACAAUUGGAUGCCCAACAUUUUGUGUAUUACAUUGUUGUCUUAAAACUUAUUUGUUUUGUGGAACUUGGUAUAAUACUCUGCAGUCAUCUGCAGUUAGGCAAUCAUAGCUAUCUUUUGCUCAUAGAAAAUCUGCAUCAAAUCAGUCUCCAUGCAUCAGUAAUAUUGGAGGCCAUAAUCAGUGAUUUUUGUUAUAUGAAAAUAAUAGUGUUUCACAGUAUUUCUAUUUAAGGCAGCUAUAAAUAUAGGAUAAAAACAUUUUUGGAAGAACUGUGAAUGCCAACUUCAGAGGGAAAAAAUGGUUGAGGGGUGAAAGAGAUGGAUGGCAUUUUAAUUCAGCAAUCUCUUGAAUAAUAUUGCCCGCAAGUAGCCAGUAAAUGAUAAGGUACGACAAGUGCGUUAAAAUUGAAAACUCUGAAAAGAGCUCUUUAAACAGCCCUCUUAAUGACUCCUCUGAUUAUUAAAAAAAAAAAAAAAAAGGAAGGAAGGAAGAAAAAAAGACUGCAAGCUUUCCUGCCAAUUGGGGAUUUCCAAAUAUUUAAUCUAAACUCCAGAUUUUAAGGAAGAUUUUUAAAGAAACUUCAAGAUUUUGACUUGAAGAAAGAGAGAGGCUGGUAGAAGGAGUUAGAGCAAUGUUUUUGAAAUUAUGUCCAUGAAAUUACAGGGUUCUGUGAAAUAUCUUUACAAAACUUGAAAUCUAUGAGAUGUGAGUGGACCUCUUUAAAAUUGGCACUGAUUCCUCACUUCUGAGUUUCACCCUAUUUGAGGGAUGAGAGGCAAAAGUUUCACACAAAGUUUCUACAACCUAACAUUUAAUCCUCUGUGUCUACUGGGAAGAACAAUGACACAGCCUGAGUGUUGUUUCCGACUUGGUGUCUUUGUGAUAUUUGACAACU